AUGCACCCGACACCGAUGACGAUGAAGCGGUUGCCGAGUUCUGGGUCUGGGGCUGGCGCUGGAGGGGCGGGAUGGGAUGCGGGCUUGCCUGCUGCGUCAAGCUCGACACAGCGGCUGGUUGGAAGUACUAGCAGCGCUGGUCAGGGCCGGCCUAAAACGACAACGACACCUGCGGGAGGCGUGCGUGUCGUAGAUGACUGGGAAGAAGAUGAUGACCCGGAGGAGGCCGUGGUCAUGGAUGAAUCACGGGAGAAAGGCACUAGCGCGAGAAGGACAACGGGAAAUCGUGUGUUGUGGGAGGCAGAUGCGGACGGGGAGCCAAGUACGGUGCCAACGCCGAUGCCCGCGGUCGUGUCUUCAUCGCGAGGAAACACGAGCACGCUUGCGCCGGCCGCCUUCCAGCCACAACUUCGUAUCCUCAAGCGCUCUCCAGCCACAUCACCAGCGCCAUCCCCGUCGCCAGGCCCCUCCGCUGCAAAGGCAGAGACGCUGGAGGAGAGGGAGCGGCGGUAUGCGGAGGCCAGAGAGCGCAUAUUUGGAGAGCCGGAGGGGACGAAGGGCAAGCCAAAAGGGAAGGAGGGGAGUGCGAAGAAGGGCACUGGGAACGGGCAGCCGCAGGUGCAGGUGUCGCGAAACCCGAAGGGCCCGGCGGAGAGUAUUGGCAAUGGGGAGGGGAGUGACCUGCCUGCCAAGGGCUUUGCGGCGAGGCGCGGGAAAGGCCCGAGUAGUGGGAACGGGGCGGCAGGAUAG